CUGCGGCGCUGCGUUCCGGGCUCAGAGCCGACAUGAAGGUGCUGCAGGUGCUUCUGCUGGCAGCGCUGGGCUGCAGCCUGCAGGUCCAGGGGAGGAUUCUGGCUAAAUGUGACCUGAGGAACCAGCUGGCGGUCGCCGUGGGCAACAUGACGUGGCCGGGAAGAGAGGGGACGCUGCUGAAUGCUGACGACGUAGUGGCCCAGCUGGUCUGUCUCGCAGAGAAGGGAGCUCACUUCGACACCGGUGCGCUGACGGAGCUGGCAGGAGGGCAGCUGGACCAGGAGCACACGGGGGAGGGGCAGCCCCACGAGUGGAGGAACCGGGAGAACUGCACGCUGAGGACGCCGCAGCCCUGGAUGCUGUACGGCAUCUUCCAGCUGAGCAACGGCCUGUCCUGCAACGACAGCGCCAACGCCACACACAACGUCUGCGACCUGGCCUGCAGCAAACUCAUCGAUGACGACAUCUCGGACGACAUCAGUUGCCUGUUGAUGUUCUUCAAAAAUCUAGCCAACAACGGCAUUCCCCCUCCACCGUUUGACACCAUGAGAAGGGUCCGACUUCUCUUCAGGAAACAGUGCACAGGGCUGAUUGCUACCGACUACUUUGCUGGGUGUCCACCACCUCCAAACUAAAGGACUCAUCAUUAGCUCCUCAUCAGCUGACGUUUGAUUCAAAAAUCAGUUCAAAUCUGUAGUACAUGAUUUGUGAUUAUAAUGAAGUGAAUCUGUAUAAGGUGUUGCUUUUCAUGUCUAGAAUGCAAAAUAAAAUCUGUGCUUUAGCUUGUUCCCUGCUGUAACAAUAAAGAUGCUCCUACGCUGA